GCGGAUAUUUUGCGACUUUACUAAAUAAAAUAUAGUUUCCUGCGGGGCAGCGAAUUCCCAUCUUUACCUGCGGAUUUUCCUGCUAAUUGUGCUUUUGAUUAUUAUUUCCUGCAAAAUUAUAGCUGGCAGAAAUUCCGCAGAUAUACGUGUGGAUUUUGCUGCGAUAUUCAAUUUUCAGAAUAUGAAUCCUAAGGAAAAUCUGAAUUCUUAUUAAAGCAUGUGUUCCUUUACAUUUGCAGCCAUGCUAACCGUUGAUGAUGACGAGUUCUGGCAAAGUAUGUCACGUGUGGAGUUUGGGGAUUUGCCUACCCUUCAAGAUGCAGUAACUGUUGUGGGCUACCCAAUUGGAGGAGACACUAUCUCUGUGACCAGUAGUGUUGUAUCACGUAUUGAGAUUUUAUCUUACGUCCAUGGUUCCACAGAACUUCUAGGUUUACAGAUAGAUGUUGCUAUGGCGGACCUGCAUUUAAUGGUAAAGGAAACUAUGUAGGGAUAGCAUUUCAGUCUCUCAAAAAUGAAGAUGUGGAGAAUAUAGGUUAUGUUAUUCACACAUUUCAUCCAGGACUAUGAGAAGAAUAACGGAUAUACUAGUAAUGUGGUUGAUUUUCCAUUUCAUCUAGUGUAACUCUCAGUUCACUAUAAGUUAAACUUGUCAAUAAUUUGUAAUAAGAUCCUUAAACUAAGAAUCUUUUCAAUUUAUUACUAAAUACUAUACUAGCGAUGCAUACAGGUAAGC